UAUCUGUCAUUAUCUGUCAUUAUCUGGUGUAUUGCUAGCGAUGAAUUUCCAGAUGGCUCUAUCUGAUUAUAUGAUCAUAACUGGAUAUUUCAAUUCUCUUUUAUGAAACACACAUUAUUCAUUCAAGAUAUCUAAUGAUGUUCCUAAUCACCAUUGCCAAUCAUGUAACUAUAUGUGUAUCCUCGGCGUUUGGAGUUAACGGAGCCAAGACAAGGCUUCUCUCCACUAACGCGGCCCCCGUUUACGCUCGGGAUAGCCUCACAAUGACGCUACCAAUGGCUGCCUAUUAACUACUUUCCAAUUCCGAAAUGUUUCGUAGUACGAUACUGCCUAUUAGAAAGGCUGUGUAACUCCCAAGUGACUAUCGUGACAUCAACUCCCGAGCGGAUUGUAGUAUCUUGUUUAUGCAAAAUUUAAAACAGUCCCGGCGUUAUUCUAGCUAAGACCGAUAAUUGCAGAAACCUCUUAUGAUUCUAUGAUGAUUCUACGAAAAGUGACAUCUACAACUCUGUCGCUGGCGUCAGCUUCGUUGUCAUGAUUUUGAAUUUGUUUGUCUAUAAAGACACGGAGACGAGGCCGACGAUGAAGUAGAGUAGCUUAGUAUCAGCAUCAAGAAAAAUCCAAGACACGAAUCUUACCUACCUAUCCCUACCUGAAUUAGGAGCUACUCAGUUUCCUUCCAUACAUCAUAUUAAAGGGCAAUACUUAGUUAGUGACAAUGUCUAUUACUUACGACAGAAACACUGAGGGCCUCCCUCUCGUACACAAGUUUGCCGACCAAGUCAAGGGGAGAACCUUCCUCCUAACCGGCCCAACCCCCGGUGGAAUUGGAGCCGAGACAGUUAUUUCCCUUGCCGCAGAGGCCCCGGCGACGAUCAUUCUUAUCGGCCGCUCUCUGGAAAAGGCCCAGCCCACCAUUGACACUAUCGGGAAGGUCAACGCCGACGUCAAGGUCAAGUUCUUUGAAGCCGACCUCUGCUCAUUCAAGACCGUACGCAAGGCAGCGCAAGCUAUCCUCGACGACGCCGAGAUCCCCAAGAUCGACGUGUUGAUCAACAAUGCGGGUGUAAUGGCGACCCCUUUCAAGAUCACGGAGGAUGGAAUUGAGCACCAGCUGCAGGCCAAUCAUCUAGGCCACUUCCUCCUGACUAACAAGCUCCUACCCAAAAUCAUUGCGGCAGGAUCUGGUGCUCGAUUGGUUUUCGUGACUAGCUCUGGCCAUCGAUACACAGGUGUGCGAUUCGAGGAUCCGAACUUCACCGAGCCUGACUCAUACCACGAGUUCGGGGCCUACGGACAAUCCAAGACAGCCGUGAUUUUAUACGCUGUCGCAUUGAACAAGCGUCUCGCCUCACACGGUAUCCGCGUCUUUACUCUUCACCCCGGUGGUAUCUCAACCAAUCUUCAAGACCAUGUCAAGGCUUUGGACCCCGCACGAGUGGCGAAGGUAAUGGACGAUGUUUCGGAAAGGGUUAUGGGUAGAUCGCUUGCCGAACAGCGCGAAGCCGAGCCGUGGAAGACCCUUCAGGCAGGGUGUGGAACCACGAUUCGUGCUGCUCUUGAUCCUGACCUAGUCAAGGAGGAAGGUAUCUACAUGCACGAUACGGUGUUGGUCACUGACCCGAAGUGGAUCAAGGAAUGGGCAACGGACCCGGAGCUCGCGGAGAAGCUGUGGAAGCUAAGCGAGGAGUUGGUCGGAGAGAAGUUCGAUAUCUAAGUGUUAGCACCGCCAAUGAUCUCUAGGGGAUAUGGUAUGCAGUUUUAUUUAGGAUGAAUCGCCUCUCAUUGAAUUGAAAUCAUUUUUGUUUGCCAUUAUGGAAAUUCUAAGAGUU